AUGAACUCCGGAUUCUUAAAGCGUUAUAACUUUUGCAUCACUAUAACUUUUACGAUUUUGGAGUCCCAACAGCACGGGGCGGCACGGUGGCACAGGGGAUGGAGAAGAUUUCAGUGUAGCUGUUACUACGUUUCCACUGUGACAAAAAACUGGGAGCAGAGCAGACAGGACUGCAGAGGAAAAGGAGGAGAUCUGGUCAUUAUAAACAGCAGAGAGGAACAGUGGUUUCUAUAUUCACUGAGGGUGAAGUUUUGGAUUGGUCUAACUGAUGAGGACACAGAGGGAGAAUGGAAAUGGGUGGAUGGAACGCCAUUGCACACUGGGUAA